GCCACCAAAAAUCCUUUAAUUGGAACUUCCUGCAAACUUCAUAGGAAUCUCUAGUGUUAACUAUCUCGAACAGAAUAAAUUCCGACAGCAUCAGUGAUGUCUCCCCACAAAUGAGUGCUAUUGGAUGAGGAUAGUAUUUUGUGACUCGAAUAAACGUCGAGUGGCUGGACGCUAGCAAGGACAAAGUGGUGGUGGCCUAGAUUUGGUCGGGAAUCAUUGAACUGCGAGACAAAGGUUACCACUGAGAAACAGCGAUAACGCACAGACGUGAGGAAAGACAUGCUGAAGAACAACCAGACGUCAUUCGAGGAAAAAUGGCCCCAAAUGCGGCCGAUAGUGCUGAAGCUUUUAAAGCAGGAACCGGUCACGCACUCCGAAUGGCAGGAGCUAUUCUAUGCGGUACAUUUGGUGUGCCUCUGGGAUGACAAGGGUCCUUCCAAAAUACAUGACUGCCUCCAGGAGGACAUCGUAACAUUCAUCAAACAAGCCCAAAGCCGAGUACUUGCGCAACGCGAGGAACAGGCCCUGCUGAAGGCAUACAUCGUCGAAUGGAGAAAGUUCUUUACCCAGAGCAGUUAUCUACCAUUACCAUUCUGGCAGUUGGAGAAUGCCCUGCAGGGUAAAAGCCAAUCCUCCGGGCACAACUCGAGUAGCAGUUCCUCCAAAAAGUCCAACCACUCGGACGACAGCAUCGUGCGGAAGCUGAUGCUGGACCUAUGGAAUCAGAGCAUUUUCAUGAAUAUCAAGCACCGAUUACAGGAUUCGGCCAUGAAGCUGGUCCAUGCAGAGCGGAACGGCGAAGCAUUCGAUUCGCAGCUGGUGAUUGGAGUUCGCGAAAGUUACGUUAAUCUUUGUUCCAACACCGAAGAUAAGCUGGAAAUCUAUCGGGAGAACUUCGAGGCGGCAUAUCUUCAGGCUACGUCCGCAUUUUACCGCUUGAAAGCCAGCGAGCAGCUGCAGGCGGAUGGUGUUAAAAGCUUCAUGGAAUAUGCAGAUGCAAAGCUACGGGAGGAGGAGGCACGUGCCGAGCGAUACCUGGAACCGGGAAGCAUAACCGCCCUGGCUCAGUGCUGCGUUACGGUGUUAAUUGGCGAUCAUUUACCAACCCUAUUAGCGGAGUGUCCUCCCUUAAUAGAAGGCCGCGAAACAGACCGAUUGCAACUGAUGUUCCGCUUGCUGGAUCGCGUAGCCGGUGGAGUCGAUCCGAUGCUUCGUGAUUUGGAAAAUCAUAUUGUCCAGGCUGGCCUAGCUGAUAUGGUUGCCGCAGCGGAUGUCAUCACGCAAGACUCGGAAAAAUACGUAGAAAGACUGCUGGAAUUGUUCCGCCGGUUUAGUAAUCUGGUGAAGGAAGCCUUCAACGAUGAUCCACGUUUUCUGACGGCACGUGACAAGGCCUUCAAAACGGUAGUCAACGACACGACGGUAUUCAAGCUGGAACUGCCAACGUCGGCCACGGCGAUGGCCCGUGGAAUCAAGUCGGCGACGCCCGAGUCCAAGUGUCCGGAAUUGUUGGCCAACUACUGUGAUAUGCUGCUACGACGGACACCCUUCAGCAAGCGGCUCACCACGGAGGAGAUCGAAUCGCGUCUCAAGGACGUUUUGCUGGUGCUCAAAUACGUAAGCAAUAAGGAUGUCUUCAUGCGGUACCAUAAGGCGCAUCUCACCAGGAGACUGAUUCUCGAUUCCAGUGCUGACAGCGAAAAGGAAGAGGAUAUGGUCGAGUGGUUACGGGAGGUCGGUAUGCCAGCUGACUACGUCAAUAAGCUAGCUAGGAUGUUCCAGGAUAUAAAGGUUAGUGAGGAUUUAAACACUCAAUUCAGGUCGCAAACGACCCGACACGAUGCCAUCAACAUUAAGAUCCUGAACGCCGGAGCUUGGGCCCGCGGUUCCGAGCGUGUGUCUGUCAGCCUUCCGCUAGAGCUCGAAGACUACAUCCCCGAGGUGGAAGAAUUCUACAAGAAGAAACAUUCCGGUCGAAAGCUGCUAUGGUACCAUCACAUGAGCAACGGAACGAUUACCUUUGCAAACAACUCCGGGCGGUUCGAUCUUGACGUAACUACCUUCCAAAUGGCGGUGUUGUUCGCCUGGAACCAGCGUCCGAACGAGAAAGUCUCCUACGAAAAUCUUCGCUUGGCGACGGAACUUCCCGAUCCGGAACUACGUCGAACGCUGUGGUCUUUAGUAGCUUUUCCCAAGCUAAAGCGUCAGCUACUGUCGUAUGACCCGGUGGUAGCAAAUCCAAAAGAUUUCGCUGAAAAUACCCUGUUUUGGGUCAAUCAGGAGUUUGCUCUCAUCAAGAACGGCAAACCACAACGACGAGGUAAGGUCAAUCUGGUCGGGCGGUUACAAUUGAGCACCGAACGGUCCCAGCAAGAGGACAAUCAGUCUAUCGUACAGCUACGGAUACUACGCACCCAGGAAGCCAUCAUCAAGAUCAUGAAGAUGCGAAAACGACUGAGCAAUGCUGCACUACAGGCCGAAUUGGUGGAUAUCCUGAAGAACAUGUUCCUGCCGUCGAAGAAAAUGAUCAAGGAACAGCUCGAGUGGCUGAUAGAGCACAAGUACAUGCGGCGGGACGACGACGACAUCAACACAUUCAUCUAUAUGGCUUAAAAGACUCGUGGCGGUUUGCUGGAAUUCAACAUAAAUCUUACCAACUUUUCAACCACGCAUAGACAGACAUGGAAAGUGGUGCUGGAGAUUACAAAUUAUAACGGUUUGGAUGCUCUUGUUUGAGCAUGGACAAAAAAAAAGAACUCCAAGGCAGUCUUCUUCUCUGUGGUAAUCAGAUCUGAAUCAGUUGAAAAUCUUUUUAAUUGUUAAACCAUUGCCCAGGGAGAAGAUAUUAUGCUUUGAGAAAAUAAACCCGAUAGGAUUUUAAGAACAA